AUGUUCGCGUUCUUGCUUCCGCACCCUUUAUGUGACUCACAUCCCUCACCUCACCUACGCAUUCAUUUCCUCGAAAAAAUCGUUUCCUUAAUCUUCACAAGACCCCUCUCCCUACCUCCCUCUCUCUCUCUCUCUCUCUCUCUCUCUCCAAAACUCAGAUGGGCAAUUGCAUCAGCUUCACGGCGUUACAAGACUGGUGGCUCAAGCAGUGCUUCUCCCGCGCCGGCCUCAAAUCAACCACCACCGACCUGGGCGACGGCACGGUCAUGCACUGCUGGGUCCCAAAGUCGCACAAGCCCACCAAGCCUACCAUGCUCCUCAUCCACGGGAUCGGAGCCAACGCAAUGUGGCAGUUCAAAGACUUCAUCUCCCCUCUCUGUUCCCAAUUCAACGUCUACGUGCCCGACUUGGUCUUCUUUGGCAACUCCUACACGACACGACCCGAUCGGACCGAAGCCUUCCAGGCUCAGUGCGUGAUGCGGGCGAUGGAGACCUAUGGGAUGCAGCGGAUGCACGUGGUGGGGCUCAGCUAUGGUGGGUUCGUGGCCUACAGCAUCGCGGUGCAAUUCCCUAACGCAGUUGAUCGGCUGGUGAUUGCGGCAGCUGGGGUGUGUAUGGAGGACACAGAUUUGGACGGCGGGUUGUUUCAGGUGAGGAGUGUUGAUGAGGCCAUUGCAAUUUUGCUGCCACAGAAGCCAGAGAAGUUGAUGGAGCUGAUGGAGUUCACUUUCUAUAAACCGGUGAAGAUCUUGCCAUCUUGCUUCCUUAAUGAUUUCAUUGAGGUGAUGUGUACUGAAUACCUUCAAGAAAGAAAAGAGUUGAUCCAUGCAUUACACAAGGAUAGAAAACUCUUUGAUCUUCCGAAGAUAACCCAGCCGACACUAAUAUUAUGGGGAGAACACGAUCAAGUAUUUCCGCUGGAAUUGGGGAACAGAUUGAAAAGGCAUCUGGGGGAGAAUGCGCAACUGGUAGUCAUGAAGAAUGCAGGCCAUGCAAUCAACGUAGAGAAACAAAAAGAGAUGUUAAAACACUUGAAGUCGUACCUCGUCGAUCCUCUUCCUCCUCAACUUGACAGCAACGGCAGAAACCCGAAGGCUGACUGAAGUUUUAUGGGAAAGAGGGACAUCGAAUCCUGGAAUGUAACUGGGUAUUUCAGACAACUCAAAAGUAAUCGAUUUUUUUGAAAGUUUUCAUUAUGUAUCAUAGCAUUUUUUUACAGAAGAUACGAUCCUCGUCCCGUAGUUCCCCCGAUUGAAUUUCUUAGGUGAAGCUUUGAAAGAAUGUGUCUCAUUGGAGAACAACCAUUAUUGACGUAAAGAUAGGAAGGAUGAUAUGUGAAGGACUCUAGUCUCUAGUGCCCUUGUUGUAUACUGGUGAACUCCUUAUUUGUAUUUUGUUUUGUGAUUUUAGUUUUUGGAAUUAGAAAGAUCUGCGAAUACGAACCA